AGUCAGCCAGUGGUGAACAGAGGUGCUCCUUCACACUAUCUUACAAAUGUGCGUAGAAGAUGCUGAGGAAAGCUUGCAGCAGCGGAGUUGGAGGAUACUGAUCGUUUUCUUUCACUUUGGAUUUGUAAAGUUUGACCAGUGACUUGGAUAAAGCAGCUGGGAAGGAGUUGGAAAGUGACAGGCUUUCCUUGAAUCACUUCCCUGUUGGACUAUGACAGCUACAGCAUAUAGACUAUAAAUAUUCUCUUUUAUUUUGUUUUAUACUGUUAACCAGGCGGGGGAGAAAAGGCUUUAUGCCCCCCUCACCUUCCUCGCUGGAUCUCUAUGGGGAGCGCACGUCUUCUUCUCUCACGCAACCUCUGGAGCCACUUGCGGCGUAAGCGUUAAAUCCACCGACCUGGAAGGCAGAAAACGACACACUUAACCGCAUUUGAAUGCCUGUGCAAGGAGUUUGCUGGUUUUUGUGCUGCAGCCAGGGCUUCAGUUUGCUGGGACGGGACUAUGGGGAGAAAGAGGAGGAAGAGUCCUUUGAGUUGCGCAACAAGGAGGACUUGACUCCAAUUGGACGGACUCCAACUGAGGCGAUAGUUUCUCAGCCUACUUGUGCAGCCAAUGGAACUAACGGACACGCUGUCUCUCAGUCACCUGUAAAAAUGAAGAAACUAAACGAUGAAGACAAAGGGAUGGGGAUGGAUGAAGACCCGGACCUGAUUGUAAAAGGUUGGCUGUUACGGGAGGUUGGUGGCAGCUGGAUAAAGCACCGUCGGUACUGGUUUGUGCUGAGCCACGAUUCCCUGGACUACUACACCGGGCCAGAGAAAGGCGCUCGGCGACUGGGCACUCUGGUCCUCACCAGCCUCUGCUCCGUCAUUUGGCCAGACAAGCAGACGUACAAAGAAGCAGGUUACUGGAGCAUUACUGUUUAUGGACGGAAGCACUGCUAUCGGCUGUACACCAAGCACUUCAAUGAAGCCGUGCACUGGGCCUGCGCUAUCCAGAAAAUCAUUGAUACCAAAUCCCCGGAGGAAACGCCGACACAGCUUUUGAUUCGAGACAUCGAGGAGAAUAAGUUCAAUCCGGAGGUGGUGGAACACAUCUACCAACACAACGCCAUCCUGAAAUACACCCAGGACCCCCUGUAUGCUCCUCUGCUUCCUUUCCCUUAUGGCAAUCUGGAGCACACAUACCACAAUGGGAAGGGUUACGGUUCCGUGCGUGAGGAGGCUGUGAAGCUCUUCAAUUGCCUGCAGCAGCUGGAGUCGGCACGGGAGCCGGUUCCCAUCAUCCAGGGCGUGCUGCAGACCUGCCUGGACCUGCGGCCCCUCCGCGAUGAGGUCUACUGCCAGCUCGUGAAGCAGACGAGCCACACGCCUUACCCGAACACCGCCGCGCAUCUCCGUUACUGGCAGCUUCUCACCUGCAUGAGUUGCACCUUCCUGCCGGGGUCCAAUGUGCUCAAAUACCUGCGGUUCCACCUCAAGAGAAUUCAGAGCCAAAGUCCUGAAUCCGAGAUGGAUAACUAUGCAUCAUUCAUCAGCGAGGCUUUGGAAAAGACAAAAUGUCGGGAGUGUGUGCCAUCAUGGGAGGAGAUCCAGAUGCUGAUGAACCGACAGGAGAUGCUGUGCACCGUGCACUACCCUGGCCCCGGAUCCUGCCAGCUCUACAUCAGCUCACACACCACAGCCAAUGAGGUGGUCCGAAGGAUGCAAGAGAGACUGGGCCUUCAAGAUAGUAAAAAUACAUUUGCACUGUAUGAGCAGAAUGCACUGUGGGAGCAGCCGGUUGCAGGGAACUCUCUGAUCGCUGACGUCCUGACCAGCUUCACCACCAAAGAGUCGGAGUCUAAAUCCCAGUGGAAAAUAUGUUUUAAGCUCUACUGCCUGCUGGAUGCUGACAGCAUAUCGGAGGACAGCAUAGAAUAUUUAUUCCUCUUUGAGCAGUGCCAUGAGAUGGUGGUGCGUGGACAGCUUCCAGCCUGUGAGGAGGACCUGCUGGCACUGGCAGCCCUCAGGCUUCAGAGCCUCAUGGGUGACUUCAGCACACAUGUCCCCUUCCCACCUUUGGACGAACUAUUCCCUGGUCACAUGCUUGAAACACGCGUCCUCAUGUCUCUGUCGGCCCCACAAGCGGCACCCCCCUGCCAGGUGGCGGCUCAGGAGUGUCCUGUGACGCAGCGGUUCCCGGCAGGCCUCCUGGCCGGGACGCUGUGGAGCCACUCGGCUACUGUCGCACAUAAACAAAAGAUGGAGAACGAUAAGUUUCUGCGCAGUCGGCUGAAGGAGGAAGCAGCGGUUGUAACGACAGCCAUCUUGGAACGUUGGAAAGGUCUAGCUGGCUACAGUAGCAGGGACAGUAUGGCUGCCUACCUCACAAUUGCACGCCAGUGGUCAGGCUUUGGAUGCACUCUUUAUGAGGUGGACUUCUACAUUAGUUCAACAGGGAAUGUUUCCCAGAAGUUGUGGUUGGGUGUAGCUGCUACAUCUGUGUCCAUCUACAAACAGGGAGAAUCAGAGGCCUUGGAGUCUUUCCCUUAUGGCCAGAUCUGCUCUUACGGCGUGUCUGACAGCAACACCUUCAAGAUCACAGCUGGAGAUCGGGAUCUCAUAUUUGAAACCAGCAAGCUGACUGAGAUCAUGCAGCUGAUGAACGCCUAUUUCAGUGCCAUACAUCGCCAGCGAGGUAAAGGGGAAGACCCAGACACCAUUACCUUCAGAGAAAGCACAGACGUGGGUUUCCGUCAUAUGGCCUCCACACCCACACUUCUGGAGCUGCCGUCUCACCCUGUUUAAUAGCAACUCUUAGCCUACCAUCACCAUUCUUCUUCCCCGAAGAUUCUUGGCCUUCUCAAUUGGGAAUGAAGCUGCAGCCAAUACAACAGAGCUGUUUCCUCCCCAUCUAGGAAAAUAAACCUUCCCAGAGUAUUGCAGUUAAAGAAACCCAUCUUAGAAUGACAAGCUUCGGACAGUGCAAGGAAAGGCAAGGGGCCCGAGAGUACACAGAGAACCAGCGCUGUUACUGAUGAGGUGUCGUUCACACCCUCAACCCCUCCCCACCCUCCAUCUUUGUUACACUAGAUGGCAAUAAACCCAACUUCACCGCACCCUCAGCGAGAUGUUUCGUACUACCACCUCAGACAUUAAGACUUGCAGCAAUCAUAAGAACCUCUUAAAGCUCCAGCUCUGAAGCAAAAACACCUUCUCCCCUAGUUUCUCUCUCCGUCUUUUCCUAGAAGGCAGACGUCCCUUUUGCACUGCUGGAAUACUAUUUGGAACAUUCACUGACACACACACCCUGACUCUCCCUGGCUCCUUCAUCGGUUUUCUUAAGAUCCCAACUGAGCUUCAAUUACCUGAAGUGUUGAUACAGGCGAGGCCAUGUGAACUUGGAACUGGAAGCAGAUGUUGGAGCUCUGUGGCUAAUUUUACUUUAGCUGCCAUGACUGCCUGCCAGGGUGUCAGUCUGAUCACUAAAGCCAUUUCAUUGAUGAUGCAUUCAGGAUCCACGGCUGUGUGCGUUAAAAAGAAAUCAACGGAUUUUCAAGUUUUUAAGCACGUUGCCACCAUAUGUUCUGACUCCUCUCUCCUUGUGGUGCUGCUUUUCUCGACUGUGGUCCUGGACCUUUAACUCGGUGAAGACUUAACACCUGACCCGAUACAGCACUGUUCUGCUGAAGAGAACGGGUGCUACUUUAUUUAAUGGAAGGAACGCCACAAAGCUACGUCAUAGACAGCAUUCUGUGCCCCACAGGUCGCCAGCCUUCGAGAAAAAAAAAGUUCUAAUUCAGAAGCUUUUGUAUUAUUUAUGCAGACUUUCAAAAACAAAAACUGUCCGUCUUAAAUGUAGACCCAGACUUAUCUUUAAGUUUGCUCUCAGUGACCAGGGCCAUAGGUUUGUUUGGUUCUGCUGUUAAUUUUCUCCACCUCCUUUUCCCUUUUUUUCUAAUUUUAAUUUUUCUUGAAAAGCUAAACUUGGACCAAAGACUAACUUUUAUUAUCUUUUAGAGAAAAAGCCAACAAACAGAAACCGAAUCUAAUCAUACUUGGACAUCCUCAUGCCUUCCAAGAUGAAUAUUCAAGAGUCAAUUGUAUAUUUUUUUUGUAAGGAUAAUCCUAAAGUGAUAUCUGCUACA